AUGUCUCAAUCUCAUUACUCUCCUCUCUUACUCACCCUUACCACCUUCCACCUUUUUAUCAUCUCCACUUCACUCCCUCCCACUUUUGCCCAAGCCAUUCCCAUAAAUACCCUUGUAGCCCCCAUACACAAACACUCCCCCUCCUCUCUCUACACUCUCACUCUAAACUUCAAUAGCCAAUAUGUCAUUGACCUCACCACCCCCACCUUAUGGUCUUCUUGUCCUUCCAACCAUCCAACCACACUUUGCAGCUCCCUGCAAUGCGCCGCCGCCGCCCCCCGUCAAUGCACUCGCCUCCGGGGGGGCGGCGGUGACGCUGGGCACUACCCCUGCACUUGCACUGCGUAUCGGUCGGCCCCCACGACCAACAAAUGUCCCUACGGGGACUACUUAACCCUAACCUUGACCCCGAUCAUUCUCUCCGGCCCGUCUGUCGUCUCCUCUUGUUCGACCAACAAUGCGAUCCACCCCGCCCUACCGGUCGGUGCAACCGGCAUUAUCGGCCUCGGGAAUUCGCAGCUGAAUUUUCCGUCGCAGCUCUCUGCGCAGCUCAAAAUCCAGAACCAAUUCGCCAUCUGCCUCCCGAGCACGACUGCCGCCCCCGGCGUCGCAUUCUUCGGAUCGACGAAACCGUUCCGCCUCCUCCCCCCGGAUCUUCCGGAUCUAACGACGCUUUUAUCAUACACUCCGUUGAUCAAAAACCCUAAGAACCCUAACGGCUACUACCUCGACGUCGAGGGCAUUUUGGUGAAUAACCAGCCCGUGCAGUUUUUGGAGCGUGUUCUCGAGUUCGACUGCCUCGGCCACGGCUGGGUCGUGAUCAGCACGACCGUGCCGUACACGACGCUGCACAGCCGCGUCUACCGCCCGUUCCUCAAGGCGUUCGUGCGCGCCACGAGCCGCAUCCAGUGCGUGCCGAAGGUGAAGCCGUUCGAUCUCUGCCUCAACAGUAGUAAACUGGGAUCGACGCGGAUGGGAUACGGUAUAGCUCAAAUAGACGUGAUGCUGAAGGGAGGGGAAAAGUGGACGAUAUUCGGCCGGAACUCGCUGGUGCAGGCGGGGCCGGAGGCGGCGUGUCUGGCGUUUGUAGACGGCGGGCCGCGGGCGGAGCAGGCGGUGGUGGUCGGGGGAUACCAGCUAGAAGACCAUCUGCUGGUGUUUGACCUGGACAGGUCUAGACUCGGGUUCACUGGUAGCUUGCUGGGGAUUCGGACUGGGUGCGCCAGCUUCAAUUUUACCGUUGGGGUUUGAAUUUUAAAAUAAAAUUGCUAAGAUGCAGUUUUUCAUUAGUGGCCGUUGCGUGGAAGUUAGGAAUGUGCUUAGCUGUAUGAUUGGUUCAAGAAGAGUAAGAAACUCUUUGUUGACACUCCAAACAUAUCCACAAUAUAAUAAAUACCCGCACUUCAAAAAAAAUAUUAUUAUA